UCUUUGAGUUAUGCCUCCCAAAUCAAGAUCGAGAUCGCAGCCUGUCUGAGUUGUUUCCAAUUGGAGAAUCUCGGCUCAGGAUCCGGGUGCUAUCGUCACUUUCCAGGAUUUACCGCAAUAGCGUGCCAGCAUGCUGUCUCGCUACUUCCUCGUUUCCUCGGUCUUGCUGCUGGUAACUGCAGCGGACACCGAGACGUGUGAGACCUGUGAUGGGGAGGUUUCGAGGAGCAAAAGCCUGCUCUCUCUGAAGGCUGAGGUGGCACAGAAGUCGGUGCAGACGGCGGAGAUGGCCGACCUCGCCGCAGAGCUGCUGGGCGACGGCGGGCGCAUGGACCUCUUCGGCGAAGCGGGCAACGCAUCGAACCAAUCGAACUGGACGAGGGUGAACCAGAGUUUGCACAACCUGGUCACCAACGUGAUGGCGGCGGAUGCGAACCAAACGAACCGGAUCCCCAACCCGGAAGGCAACUACUCGGACCCCCAAAACCGCACCGGCAUGGGGAACCUGGCGCAGUCCCUGGAGUUUUUGUACUUGAAGGUCGCUGAGCUCGAAACCGCGGUCGAGCUGCAGAGUAUCGAGUUUCGCAUGGCCCGCAUCGAUUUGCACGCGGCGCAGACGGAGAUCCAAACGCUGAAGGACCGCUUGGACCAGAAGGAGGCCGCCUUGCAGCAGCUCAAGGCCCAGCAGAAGCACCACGCCGCUCUGGCGCAGCACGGGCACAAGGAGCUGGAGAUGGAGGAGCCCCAGUUGGGCCGCAAGCACCGGGAGGCCUUUGCCGCCAAGGCCAAGGAGAUGCACCAGGAACAUCAACGCAAGAUGAAGGCAAAGACGCCGGAGGUGCUGAAGGACAUCAUGCUGAAGCACCAUCGCCAGCAUCGCAAGGACUGGACAGCAGAGAAGCAGGCGCCGAAAGGCCCGAAGGAAAGCCUGGUGGAAAGCCUUGUUCAGCGCAGCCGAAGCCGCGGAGGCAACGGCCAACAAGAGUUGGACAGCGCAGUAUCCGCGAAGGUCGUGGACGACGUCGGGGGCGCUUUCGAAGAUGCGGGGAAUGCCAUUGCGGACACCGCCACGGACGUGGGGAACGCCGUUACAGAUGGCACCGGGCUGAUCGGAGACGCCCUUACAGAUGCCUACACCCAGGCGGCCGACAAGGUGGCUUUUGUGGCCAAUACCGUCAUCAACACGGUGGAGCAGGCUGUGUCCAUCUUGAUCAACGGCUUCGACUUCAGCGCGGGAUGUCCUCAUUGGGUGUGGCCAUCCUUGGCGGUGUCCGAUGAGUCCAUCAGCAUCAACUUCGGAAGGCAGAAUUGCGGCGUCACCUUGGUCGGGCAGCACCUCACGCUCUUCGAUUUCAACUGGGGCGUGCUGACUGUGGCCUAUCCGGCUCCCAUCGCUGCCAUGGUGGCUAUGGGUCGGAACCUGGUGAAUUGCAUGACCAGCGGCGCUGGGGCCUUCGACAUCUUCAAGUGCGUGGCGAAGACGAUCGGGGAGACCCUCCUGCAGGUGGUUCCGCCUUUCAGCAUCCUCACGCAGCUCUCAUCGAUGCUCUCGGAGUUCCUGGCCUUCUUCGCGGAGAUGGCCUCCGCCGCCAUCACGGGGGCCAUCGGGGAGACCACCUCCAUGGUGCAGGAAGCUGCAAGCCUCUCGCAGUUCCCAGCCAAAGGCGAUGCCCCGCGCCUGGUGAGCAGCCGCCGUGGCCUGGUGUCGCACGUGCGACGCCAGGAGACCUCGCGCAAGGUGAUCCACAACAAGCGCUCCUCCUUGGCACAGACGAAGGCCGAGCGCACAGCGGCAAAGGCAAAGGAAGAGCCGGACACCGUGGUGGGCGAGGGCGCAAUUGGUUUUGGAACCACAGAGGCGAUGCCCUAUGCCUCGAUGCUCAUCACGCAGUUCGGUGGCGACGAGUAUGACUCAGCCUCCUGCCUGGCCUUCGCGCCGGCGCACCGCACCGGGGCCAACGGCGGAGUCACGAUGAGGGACUGGCAGGUGCCCAGCCCCGACAGCCCGGACUUUGUGAAGUUGGAGCCGUGGGGUGUGCCCUGUGAUAACCAAUGGGCCAAGGACAACCCCGGCAAAUGGGAGGGCUACUCCUUCUAUACCUACGAGUCCGUCAUCGAGAAGUGCGUGGCGAUCUCGUACAGCAUGUCCGCCCAGCCUGUCCUGGCCUUCGUGGGGGGCUUGGAGUUCGACCUCAUGCCGGCGCCUUUGAUGGAGGUCACCACCGAGGUCUGUUGGCCGGACCGCGUGAGCGCGCCGGACCUCAGCCUCAUCGUCACCACGAUGCGCACGGCGGGGAUCGUCCUGUUCAAGCACACCAUUCGGCUGCACAAGCGCUUUGGUUCCAACACCAACUUCGAAAACGGCAACAUCAAGGAUGCCGUGGAGCGGGCGAGGAACUACUUCGGCAAGGGUCAAGCCACCGACGACGACAAGGCCUUGCAGGGCAUGUCCCGCUCCGUUUUGGCCCAAUUGAACGCCAGCACCGCGGCCGGCGCGGCCGGCGCAAGCGCUUCGAAGCCAGACACCGACGACGAGUUUAGCUUUGAGCCGGAGUCCGAGGAGCUCUAUUUGGCCUCGGCGAGGUAUGACAAGACCGGGGUGCGUAUCACCUCGAACCUCACGGGCCACGAUGCGGUGGAGCCCGUGCGCGCUGCACUGGGCGCCCUGCAGGCCGAAGAGGUGGAAGAGGCAGAGGACGAGGCCGAGGAAGAGGCCGGGGAAGAGGACUCCACGCAAGGGCUGGGCAACCACGAGCUCUUCGAGCUGGGCAGCCCUUCAGGGGCCUUGGUGGGCUUCAGCGUCAAAGGCCUGCUGGGAUCGGGCAUCAUGAAGAUCAAGGUCCAGAUGAAGUUCGGACCUUUGGACUCCCCCACGAAGACCAUCGACUUGGUGAACCUCGUGGAUCAGCUGCGGGUCAUCCUCUCCGCCAUCCCCUUCGUGUCCCAGGCGUCCAAGCAGAAGGCCAUCGACGCGAUGUCCUCCACGCACCUGGAGGCGCAAAUCCCGGUGACCGAAGUCUCGCAGGCCUUGAACAUCGGCAGCGGCUGGAGCGAUUAUGGCUACGAAUACGAGGGCGCCACGGUGCGCUUGCGGGAUGGCAUGUGCUCGGUACAGGCGCUGGUGGCGGGCGCCGCCUGGAACCAACGUGUGGCGACGCUGCCCUCGGUGUGCCGCCCGGACGGGCGCCUGAUCUUCACCGCCAGCAACCACGACAACCCGGCGAGGGUGGACGUGCUGCCUGACGGAGAGGUCAAAUGGAUGGCAGGCAGCACCUCCCAUAGCUGGAUUAGUCUGAGCAACAUCGCGUUCGCCCCCGGCUCGGGCGGAUGGCCCUUGACGCUGGAAAACGGAUGGGUGAAUUAUGGGGCUGGUUACAGCCCCGCCGUGUACAAGCUCAAGGGCAGUCUUUGCGUGCUGUCAGGACUGAUCGCGAAUGGCGCGUGGACCACCUUUACCACUCUGCCGGAGGAAUGCCGCCCCAAGGGAGGGGCACUCAUCUUUUCCGCCAGCAACGGGGCCAACGACGUCCGGAUCAAUGUUGCACCCUCGGGCUUGGUACAAUACGGAGGAGGCCACACAGGAUCAGCUUGGCAAACCCUGACGGGCAUCAUCUUCAGCACCGACGUGGACCAGCAGCAGAGUUUGCCCUUGGCGACCGGAUGGGCCGCCUACGGCAGCGGUUGGAGCCCGCCUUCCUGGGCCGUUGUGGAAGGCAUGUGCGUCCUGGAGGGAUUGAUCGCUGGUAGCACCUGGAACGCGCCUCUGGCUUACCUCCCGGUGGACUGCUGGCCUAUGCGCAAGCUCAUUAUGGUGGCCAACGGCCACGCGCAGUCGCUUCGGGUGGACGUCGACACUGAAGGUGUUGUGCGCCACGUCGCUGGAACAGCAAGCGACUCUUGGGUCAGCCUCUCUGGCAUUGCUUUUGCCCAGAGCCCGGGCGGCACCCGCUUGUUGCCCAUGCGGAACAGCUGGGUCACCUACGGAAGUAUUUUUGGACAAGCAACCUUCACUGUGAGGAACGGGAUGUGCUCGCUGGCCGCGCUGGUAAAAGAUGGCAGCUGGUCGGGCAGCUUCGCCCAACUCCCUCCGAACUGCCGGCCCACCAAGCGUUUGAUCUUCUCAGCCAACAAUAACGAGGCCCAAGCCCGUGUGGAUGUGGACACUGACGGCACGGUUCAGUAUAUGGCCGGAGGAGCGUCCCACAGUUGGAUGAGCCUGUCCAACAUCGUCUUCGCUCCCGACUCCUUGGGGCACAUCUCUUUGCCCUUGGCGGGGAGUUGGGUUGCCUAUGGCGGCAACUAUGGAUCUCCGGACUAUACAGUCCGCAACGGCGUGUGCUCGGUGGAGGGUUUGCUUUGGGGGGGGGCCUGGGGCCACUUGGCCACGUUGCCGGCGGAUUGCCGACCCAGCGAAAGACUGAUCUUCACAGCGAACAACCAUGAAAGCCCCUCGCGGGUGGAUGUGCUCCCGAACGGACAAAUCACAUGGGUUAGCGGAGCUCAGGGUCACGGCUGGAUCAGCUUGUCUGGCAUUGUGUUCGCCAUGGGCAAGGGCUACGCGCUGCCUUUGGCCAGCGGUUGGUCGAAUUACGGCAGUGGGUACUCGCCUGCAACCUAUAAGCAGAUGGAUGGCCUGUGCUACGUGGAGGGCCUUGUCGCUGGACCUUCCGGCACCUGGGAUGUCGUGGCCACACUGCCAGCGGAAUGCCACCCGAAGAAGACGCUCAUCUUCAACUUGAACAGAGAGGGGAGCAUCGCCCGCGUGAAUGUCGAGACGGAUGGCAAGAUUAGGUGGAUUGCAGGUGGAGGCAUUUCGUGGCUCAGCCUCACUGGAAUCUUCUUCGACCCCACUGCUGCCUGAUCUGAGUCUCAACAAACCUGUGGCGAUGGCAGAGCACUUUUUGGUGCUACCAACAUGUUCUCCUGCCAACACCCGGGCUGUCAGUUCCACUUUCUUGGAUGUCCAAGAGUGGCAGAUGCUGAAGCGCGCCACGAAAAACAAACGUUGACAGCAAUCA